AUGUCGGGAACAAUGAAGGCCCUCGUUACCACAGGCGAAAAGACCGCCAAGAUCGAACAGAUUCCCAUCCCACAACCCGGCGCGGGCGAGAUCCUCGUCAAAGUCCACUACGUAGCUCAGAACCCGACAGACUGGAAGUCCACCGCCUCAGCCAAAGACGCCGGCCGCACCAUCGGCUGCGACUUCGCCGGCAGCGUCGUCAACCCCAACGGCUCGCAGUUCAAGGAGGGCCAGCGCGUCGCCGGCUGGGUCUUCGGCUGCAGCCCGGACCCCCCGCGCGGCGCCUUCGCCGAGUACCUCAUCACGGAGAGCAGCCUGGUCUUCCCCGUCCCCGAGGGCAUCACCGACCCCCAGGCCGCCGUCGUCUCGCUGGCCGUCGCCACCGUCGUGCAGGCCCUCUUCCAGCGUCUGGCGCUGCCGCCACCAUCCAGCCCGGCCACGCAGCCGUUCCCGAUCCUGAUCAACGGCGGCACGAGCAGCGUCGGGCUCUACGCGGUGCAGCUCGCCAAGAAGGCGGGCCUGAAGGUCAUCGCCACCGGCAGCAAGAGGAACCACGAGCUGUUGAAGAGCCUCGGCGCGGACGUGACGGUCGACUAUUGCGACGCGGACUGGAUCGAGCAGGUGAAGAAGGCGGCGGGCGACAAGCUGCAGUAUGCAUUUGACUGCAUCAGCGAGGUUGACACCACCAAGGCCGUUGUGCAGACGAUCUCGUCCGAGGGCGGGCACGUCAUGUGCAUUCUGCCCCGCAAGGCCGACGAGGUUGAGGCGCCGUCGUACGUCAAGGUUGAGAGCACAUUGGCGUACACCGUCUUUGGAAAGCCGCUUGAGUACGGCGCUUUCGAUAAUCUGAAGGGCGACAGGAGCGGCGACAAGCAGUUCUGGGAGAAGUACCUCCAGGUCAUCCCCAAGUGGCUGGAAGAUGGUUAUCUGAAGCCGAACCCGCCAAAGGAGUUUGGUGGUCUGGAAGAUAUUCCGAAGGGCUUCAAGUUGCAGGAGGAGGGUGGUUAG